AUGUCACAUAUUAAAAAGAGAAUACUACGAACUAUACAUGGAGUAUUUUCUACCUUAUAUUUACUGUUAAUCAUUUUAACAAUACCAUUAGCAUUUGAUGUUGGAGGAGUCAAUUGUGGUUUAGCAUUUUCAUUAACAACCCUUGUCGCAUAUUUCUUAUUAACAACAAUUAGAAUUUUAGUUCGGAGAACAAGAUAUUUUAGAUGGAUGUCAUUAAUAUAUUAUAGUCAACAUUUCUUUAUUCCAAGUUUAUUAACCUUCUUUUUAAGUUAUUUUGGUCAUGAAUUACAUAAAGAUAAUCCAUCAAAUUUAAAUCCAAUCUUUAUUUGGAAAUUAUUAUUAAGAAAUUCCACGGCUGUAUUCACAAUCUUAGAAGGAUUUUGUUCAUUAUUAUUAAUUCAAGCUAUUGGUCAAACGGUAAAUUGGUUAACCAUUUAUAAAUCAGAUUCUUGGUUAAUUGUUUCGUUGAUUGGAAGCGCAUCGAUAAUUACAGGGGCAUUUUAUUUUUUAUAUCGAAUUUAUGUAUUUCCAUUUACAAUUGAUAUUGCAAGUGCUUCAUUAUUAGGAUCCUUAUUAACUACAACAAUUGGAAUAGGAUUAUUUGGAAUUGUAAGUGGGAAAGGUUCAAUCAUCGAAUCAUCCUUGUUAUUUGCUUAUAUUGUUAAAUGUAUUUAUGAAACCUUCCCAAUAUUAUCAGAAGAUGCUUCAAAGGCUUUGGCAAAUUUAUUAAGACAAGCUACUAUAAAUUUACGUAAUGAAAUUCCGUUAAUUCCUCCAUCAAUUUUAAACCCAAUUUCAGAAGUGGUACCUUUCUUAGCGUUUACUUUACCAGGGUCAUUUAAAGGUGUAUGGGAAUUCUUAAUUAUGGCAAGUCAGAAAUUAACUUUACCAUUGUUGUUAAAUUUUGCUUAUAGAAUUGGAGUUUUUUAUGCUGCCACCAAAAUUAUACCUUCAUUAUAUCAAGCGGCUACUUUUGGAGCGAUCACUCCACCUAAAACACCUAUUCCAAGAUCGAGACAAACUUCAUCUACCUCUUUAUCAAGGAUGCAGAGUAGUAAUAAUGGUUCACAAGAUAUCAAUACAACUCCCGAAGAACCAAAUCAUAAAGGGAUUAGAUCCAAAAAAACAUUUCAUCUUAAACCACCUAGUACUCAACCAUCAUCAACCUUUCUAAGAUUAAUAUAUGCCUAUUCACCAUGUUUGAUAAUAGCAGUAUACACACAUUUGAUGAUGUCAUAUAUAGGAGAGCUAGGGACAGAGCUACAACUUUGGCCCCUUUGGGAUAAUGGAGACGUGCCAAUUGUUGUGCAUCCGUGGCAAUUUUGGAAUUGGAUAAAUAUGGCUACUACGUUGUUACUAUAUUCCAUUGAAUUGCUGGGAAAUGAUAAUUUAUCUAGAGGGGGGAAUAGUUUAACGAGUCAUUGGCCAGUGGAGUAA